AUGUCUGGCAAGGGCAGCGGCAAAUCCAAGUCCGGCAAGGCCUCCGCCGACCCCAGCGCAAAGACGCAGUCGCGCUCGCAAAAGGCGGGCCUCCAGUUCCCCGUCGGUCGUAUCCACCGUCUCCUCCGCAAGGGCAACUACGCACAGCGCGUCGGCGCCGGUGCACCUGUGUACCUCGCCGCCGUCCUCGAAUACCUCGCGGCUGAGAUCCUCGAGCUCGCGGGCAACGCGGCGCGCGACAACAAGAAGCAGCGCAUCGUGCCGCGCCACUUACAGCUCGCCAUCCGCAACGACGAGGAGCUGCACAAGCUGCUCGGCAACGUCGUCAUCUCGCAAGGUGGUGUAGUCCCCUUCAUCCAGCCCGAACUGCUACCAAACAAGACGCAGAAGGGCAAGAAGGAGGGCCAGGACGAGGUGUAG